AUGGACUCCAACGCUGUUGUUUCGCUUGAUGUCUCGCCGGAGGAUUCCCAAGAGGUUCAUGUCUUGGCCGUUGAUGACAGCCUCGUUGAUCGAAAGGUCAUUGAGCGCUUGCUCAAAAUCUCAGCUUGUAAAGUCACUGCUGUGGAUAGUGGAAUCAGAGCGCUGCAAUUUCUGGGUCUGGACGAGCAGAGAAGAACCUCUGAAUCUGAUGCUUUUGUCCCAGGUUUGAAGGUGGAUCUAAUCAUCACAGACUAUUGCAUGCCGGAAAUGACCGGUUAUGAGUUGCUUAAAAAAAUCAAGGAAUCGUCCACUUUUAGAGAAAUCCCCGUCGUGAUCAUGUCUUCUGAAAACAUUUUACCGCGCAUAGACAGAUGCUUGGAGGAAGGUGCAGAGGAUUUCAUAGUGAAGCCAGUGAAGUUAUCUGACGUUAAACGUUUGAAAGGUUACAUGGCAACGAGGGAGAGCCAAGACAGAGAAAGUGGCGGUGCUGUUGUGGGGAUCAACAACAAAAGGAAGCUGCAUGACACCUCUGACGUGUCAUCAUCGCCACCGUCCAUUUCUUCAGUUUCAUCAUCACCAUCACCCUCGUCAUCUCCUUCAUCUUCACCUAGCGUCCUUGAUUCUCCAAUCAGACGGCUUAAAAUGACUAGCACCGAUUGA